AUGAGGACGCUUAGACCCAUUCUAGUUCCUACUGAGACCACCAGUAGACUGACACCAGCUCUACCAUCACCAUCAAGAAGCCCAUCGUCACCGGCCAGCACAGAAAUCUCUUCCGCACCCACGCUUGUCGCUUCUCCAGCACGUCGUGUGCGUAGACAUCGGUCAAUAUGUUCCAAUCAAACCGAUACAGCAACCACCACAACCACCAUGAUUGAGCCAUCGCUAUGGCAUAUACAGCUGACGGAAAGUAUCUUGUCUAGAGUAUCGACGCCUAGUUUAGAUCGUCAGUCCAACGAUGGUCCAAUAUCAGUUGGAAGGCGUCAUAGCAGUCCUGCCAUCGGGGCUGCCUUGUCUUCCAAGUCAAUUCCAUCGUUACCUGAGCCUGCCAUCACUCGAGCCCGCUCCAGUGCUGCCAAGGUAUCGCCAGCCCCCGCCAUCUCCAUCCAAUUCGAUUACCGUGAAAAUGACCGCUCCUUCUCACGAUGGUUAGAACGGAAUCACUAUGGAAACUUGAAUCAAACCAUCACACCUAAAGCUUCAGCAUCGUCACUCUCUACUCUUGGUCACUUUGACACUUAUGUAGAUCAGCGUUUUUCACGUAUCCAAGAUGAAGUCAAGUGUAUAGACAAAGUCAGCUACCAUUAUCAAGGCACGGAUACUCCAGAUUCAAUGUGCACGUAUGGGCUUGGGCUGUUCAUGAUGGGGUUUAUCCUACCGCCUGCAUGGUGGAUAGGAAGUUUUUUACCACGGAAGCCUCAAACAGACAUGGAAAAGAAAUGGCGAAGGAUGAAUCGGCUCAUGUCGUUUGGAUUCUCCCUGGUCGUCCUCACCACCAUCUUGACCAUUGUCAUUAUCUGGCGAUUUGAGCGAACUUAG